AUGUCCCAUCCAAAAAAACAAAGGCAAAAAGGCCCUAUGGACACGUACUACACCCCUAAUCCGCAUGAAUUCGUCAAAAGUAGGAAAGGAGGGAGACAACAAACAAUCAAUGUCGAAAGGAUGUCAGGGAUAAAGUUUUCCGUGAGAUUGCGAGAUGGUUUUACGAUGCAGAUUCUUGAGCAUGAACAAGAAUGGGAAGAAAAAGGUUGUUCAAUAUUAUCUGAUGGAUGGCGUGAUUCAGUGGUACAAAAGGAUAUCAUAAACUUCAUGGUAAACUCUCCGAAAGGUUCGGUGUUUGUGAAAUCAUUCGAUGUUUCGGAUGUAUCCAAGGAUGCAGAUUUGUUAUUUCAUGUUCUGGAUAAGAUGGUGGAGGAAGUUGGAGAAAAAAACGUAGUACAAGUUGUAACUGAUAAUGCUUUAGCAUAUGUAAAGGCAGGGAAGUUGUUGGAAGCCAAAAGAGAGCAUCUUUAUUGGACACCAUGUGCUGCUCAUUGCUUGGAUUUGAUGCUGGAGGACAUUGGAAAAAAGGUUCCUAAGUUCACCAAAGAAAGAAACUUGCAUAGGCAAGUUGUAACUACAUUCGCCACAUCUUUUAUCACACUUGCCCAAGUCCACAGACAAAGACACCACCUGAAUACUAUGUUGAUUUCUACAGAGUGGGAAAAGGCAAAGUGGUCCAGCAAAAAUCAGAUUGCAAAAAAAGUAAAAACCUACUUUAUGCAAGAUUCAUUUUGGAGGAAUGUUUUGUAUGCUCUCAAGUUAACCGACCCUUUAGUCAAAGUUCUUAGGUUAGUUGAUGGAGAAAAGUAUCGAGCAAUGGGCUAUAUUUAUGAGGCUAUGGAUAGGGUUAAAGAAGCUAUUCGUGAUAGUUUUUCCAAUGCGGAUGACUACAAGACAGCUUUUCAAAUCAUUGAUCAAAUGUGGGAAUGUCAACUUCAUAAACUUACUUAG